AUGGCAGCUCCGAUCACAGUCCCAAAGACUCCCUCCGAAGAACCCUUCGCCCUCCAAAGCCUCUCCCCAAUCGUGCUAAGUUACCUGGAGACAAUUUCGUCUGGCAAACGGCAGCUGUCUCCUUCGCAACUCGCAGAGCUUAGAAGGCCUCCGCACGACAACAAGUUCCUGAAGUACAUGAGCUCGUCUGACUCCAAUGCUUCAGACUCCACACCACCAAUAGAUCUCACCCAUCCAAUCUCCAAUUAUUUCGUUAACAGCAGCCACAACACAUACUUGACAGGAAAUCAGCUUUACAGCACAGCCAGUACGGAUGCAUACAAGAAUGCCCUCGUACGUGGAUGCAGAUGCAUCGAGAUCGAUGUUUGGGACGGCGAACCCAAGGCCUCCUCCGAUGAGGCUCAAAGAAAUUCCAGCGAAGAAAAGAGGCACAGGUUCAGACCACACGUGCCCGAAACGUUCUCCAAUCACGGUCCCUUCAAACAUUUUCACAGAAAGAAAAGCUCUGCCGCCUCUACACCUCCUGAGACAGAAGGUGCGGAUGAGUUCUUGGACAUGCCUGCACCCUGGACCUCUUCUUCUACGGCUACACGGGCCGAACCAAGGGUCCUCCACGGGCAUACUCUUACGAAGGAAGUGCCUUUUCGAGAUGUCUGCCAGGCCAUACGAGAUUCAGCAUUCUCGAAAAGUGAUCUCCCGGUCAUAGUCAGCCUUGAAGUCCACGCUGGCGCAGAGCAGCAGGAGAUAAUGGUUGAAAUUAUGAAAUCUGUUUGGAAGGGCUUUUUAGUCCCGCUACCAGUAUCUGACUGCACAACACUUCCCAGUCCAGACUCACUCCGCUGCAAGAUUCUUGUCAAAGUGAAAUAUAGCAAUCCCAAGAAAGCAGCAGCAAAGCUCCGACCUGGAAAAGAUGCACUCUCCUCUGACCUCCGUUCCAAAUCAAGGGGUGGGUCGUCAUCCUCUGCGUCGGAAAACGAAGAGCUCUACGCCACCCAUGAUCCCGAGAAAAAAAAGAAGAAAUCCUCUAUCGUUUCAUCUCUGUCUGCCCUGGGCAUCUACACGCGAGCGUACCACUUCAAGUCAUUGACCGCUCCCGAAGCUAUGCUGCCUACCCACGUGUUCUCGCUCUCGGAGAAGAAGCUUAUGGAGGUACACGCGUCGUCUGGUCCUACGCUCUUCUCGCACAAUCGCAAUUACCUGAUGCGGGCCUUUCCUUCUGGCAUGCGUGUCAGAAGCGACAAUUUGGACCCUUCUGUCUUUUGGCGGAAGGGCGUGCAGAUGGUGGCACUCAAUUGGCAACGAUGGGAUGAAGGUAUGAUGCUUAAUGAGGCCAUGUUCCGCGGUAGUAGUGGCUAUAUCCUCAAGCCUAAUGGUUAUCUUGGCAAUCAGACGUCGUCAGCAAUUCCGCGAUUAUCUACAGAAUCCCAAGCGGACGCUAUCGCGCACAAACUUCUCACUCUUUCCAUCGAGGUAUUCGCUGCUCAGAGUAUUCCGCUCCCGCUUGGCGAUACCAGACCAUCCGGUUUCCAUCCCUACGUCAAAUGUGAGCUCCACGUUGAGAAGCCAGCAGAGCGCACUGGCGAGCCCAUCGAAGGUGGUGGCAAGGCUAAAGAAGGUGAGUACAAAUGGAGCAGCAGAACGAUGAAGGGUACGGAGGUAGAUUUUGGGGCUGAGAAGGUCGAGUUCAAGGAGAUACCGGGGGUGGUGGAAGAAUUGAGUUUCCUCAGAUUUAAGAUACAAGACGAUGAGAUUGGCAAAGAUGACCUUGCUGCUUGGGCUUGCAUCAGGCUCGAUCGUCUAAGAGCAGGCUAUCGCUUUGUGCAUUUGCUUGAUGGCGCUGGCUUCGAGAGUAAAGGUGUGCUUUUGGUGUGUAUUCAGAAGACUCUGACCUGA